CGCGCGCGACGUCGACGCGUUCGACGCGCAAGCGACGAGCCGGGCGGCUCGAGGGUGCCGAUGCACCGCCCAUAAGUGCACCGCAGCGCGUCGGGCAGCCCUGCGAUCCGUAGACGCAAGGGGUGUGCCAGCAAGGGAGAGCCACAAUGUGGCGCCCGCUGCUCGCCGCGGCGGCGGCGGCCUGGGUAGUAGUAAGAGCCGAGGACGCGCACUGCCACUGGCGCAGCUACGCGGCGCGCUAUGAUGAUGUACGAGCGGCCUUCGGCACCGACGAACACGCGCUACGAGAGCACUACUUUUCUUAUGGUCGGAGCGAGGGCCGCACCUGUCAUGAUGAAAUGGAGCCCUUCGACUUCGUCCAGGAGCACUGGGUCGAGAUCGAGGCGCCGUUGAACGGCGAAACCUUCGCGCCCGAUUCGAUCAUCGAAACGACGGCGCGCGUGCACCAGUCCACCGUGCCGGCCUACGGCAACGCGACCCAUGUUUCUUUGUCGAUAUUGGUCGCAAAUAUCGAGAGGACCUUCUUUUUGAGGAGGGGCGCGGCCCUCUCGGGUGUCGACGCGUUUUGUGGCGAGCACCCGCCGCUCGAAACUCAAAACUGCGCGAAACUGAAAACCACGCUGGAGAGUUUGGUGGCGCAGCUCCAGGAGAAUGCACCGCCGGUGGUGCUGUGCUUUGUGGUCUCCGAUGGAACGACCAGCACCGAGCGGUGUGAUGCGAACCCCCAUUCUUCAUUCUCUGUUCCAAAGCCGGGGCGCUACACCAUUGCCGUACGUGCUCAAGGCGCCCUCGGCAGUGCCGCGCGAGGCCCGCGAAGUGCGCGUUCCGUUGUUUCGGUGAAUGUGGGUUGCCCGGGGCCGACCAUUGUAAAGCCGCGCCACGGCGCCAUCGUUUCUAGAGAGAUAGAAGUGGAACUGGAAGAGGAGGCCUGCGUCUCUAUCAAUGGAGUGGAGAAGUGCGGUUCAUUGUUGAGUUUCGCGGACCUUCCUCCUGGAAGAGUCGCCAUACGAGCAUCUACCGGAGAUUGUCUCACGACGAUCAGCGUCGACGUCCGUAGUCCCAUCAGGGACUACGAGAGACCUCUACUCGUCACGGCCGCCUCCGAAAGAUAUGUACAGAGAAGGAUGCUCGACAAUUUAGUGGGCUCCUUACACUUCUGGGAGCCUUCGUCCACGAUAGUGGUCUACGACCUCGGCUUUUCACCAGCAUCGAGAUCCAAGGUUUUGAGGUGGCGCGACGUUGAGUUGCGAGACCUGGCACCCGCAGUACAACGAGUUUUAAAUGAGACGCCGCCACAUACUCUACAAGCGUCGUCCUACGCGUUUAAGAUGAUAGUCGUCCAGGACGCUCUACGUACAGCCCGUAGUGUUUUGUGGAUCGACGCGAACUGCGAGGCGCGACGACCGCUCGACGACGUCUUCCACCUCUUACGAGACAAGGGCCACUUCCUCGUGGAGCACCCGUAUCGGUUUCCUACCACUCAAUUCCACCACCCGGCCGCCGUGUCGCAGUUGGGUUGUGUUACUGAAGAUUUCUCGCGGCAGCACUGCGCGACGACCUUCGUCGGCGUUGUGCAAGGUAGCUGGUUCGCCACCGACGUCCUGCCGAGACUCGUGGCGUGCAUGCGGGAUUCAGAAUGUGUGAACCCGAUCGGUUCGUCCCGGGACAACCACCGGCAGGAGCAGACCGCCCUCAACGCCAUCCUUUGUGCGUUGCAAGCGCCUCCCGAUGACGUCUGCCUGGCCUCCAAGUCAUUCAGAAUGACGGCGGAUUUUGAAAAUGAUUUGGAUGACAUGCAGCCGACGCGCGACGAGACGGCCUGGAACGGCAUGUAUCUGUAUACGCGGCGGGACCACGCGAUCAAGCCCUACCUGCGGUUCCUCCGUGCUGAGGCUCCCGUGGCGCUCGAGCUCUAAGUUGUUGUGUUCUGUGC